CGCGGUUAUAUCGCCCGCUCUCGCCGCCGUGGCCGCGCCGAUCUCCAGGCGGAGAGAUCGGACGAGAGCGCGUUACGCAUUACGUAACGACGAGAGCGCGCGGGCCUCUCGCUCCAUCUCGCUCCUCUCGGCCUCUCGUCGACCGAAAAAACAACGGAGGAGUUAUUUGCUCCUCUGACCUGGCCACCGCGCGGGCCACUCGCGUAAGCGUAAGCGUAACCGCGUGGCGUAAGACGUGGCAUCUAAAGUGCGCCGCGAGGAUGUCCGUGGGUCGAGCACGGGCCCGCGCGUUCCUCCGCACUUAGUCCUCCGAGUGGCAAAGCAGCGUGCGGAUACGCCGCCGAAGAAACGACGUGAUACGACGGUCCCGUUCUCCAUCGCCGGUCCCAAGACGCGUCUCUCCUUCUCGAAGAUCUCACGCAUGGACGGGAACACGGACGAGCCAUCGACGGCGACGUACCUGGGCCUAGAUCUGAGCACGCAGCAGUUGAAGGCGGUAGUGGUCGACGAUAAUCUGGCUGUCCUUCACGAGACCAGCGUACAAUUCGACAAUGAUCUACCGGAAUUUCGGACUUACGGAGGAGUUAUACGGAAGAAGGAAGAACCGCGCAUUGUGGUGGUGCCUUCCCUAAUGUGGGUCAAAGCCUUGGAUAUGAUAUUAGACAAAUUGCGCAUUUGUGGCGUCGAUUUUAAUAAAGUAGCAGCUAUUUCUGGUUGCGCGCAGCAACAUGGGACGGUCUACUGGAGCAAGGGCAGCCGUGAUCGGUUACAGCGUUUGGAUCCCAUAAAAUUCUUGCACGAACAAUUCGCCACGUCGUUUUCCGUGGCUCACUCGUCCGUAUGGAUGGACUCGAGUACGUCGAAGGAGUGUAGCGUUUUGGAGGAAAUCGUGGGUGGCCCACACAAAUUAGCGGAAAUAACGGGUUCGCGGGCGUACGAGAGAUUCUCGGGACCGCAGAUAGCGAAAAUAGCACGCACGAAGCCGGAAGCCUACCGCAGCACUGAGAGGAUCUCGUUGGUGAGCAACUUUAUCGCCUCCUUAUUCCUGGGUGAUUAUGCGCCCAUUGAUUGGUCGGAUGGCUCGGGUAUGAAUUUGUUAAAUAUCCGUACGAAAGACUGGGAUGAUUUGUUACUGGAGACUUGCGCGUCGGGGCUGAGAGAGAAACUGGGUAAACCCGUUUCGUCGUACACCGACGUCGGUCCUAUAUCGCCUUACUUUGUAGAGAGAUUUGGUUUUAACGAGAAAUGUAGAAUAAUCGCAUUCACCGGAGAUAAUCCUAGCUCCUUGGUAGGUAUGAGGCUAAAAGAAGGUGAUAUCGCUUGCAGUUUGGGUACGAGCGAUACCUUAUUCUUAUGGUUGAAUGAACCCAAGACCAUAACGGACGGCCAUGUGCUGUGCAAUCCCGUAGACGAUCAGGCUUAUAUGGCGUUACUUUGCUUUAAAAACGGCUCCUUAACGCGCGAACGGAUACGAAAUGAUGCUGCGCAAGGUAGCUGGCAGAUAUUUAACGAAUUAUUGGAGAGUACGCCACGAGGGAACUUUGGCAACUUUGCCUUGUACUUCGAUACGCAAGAAAUCCUACCUUUCGUUAUUGGCGAUUAUAGAUACAAUAAAGCCAACGACGAGAUCUCUCGGUACAGUUCCAAAGAAGUGGAAGUCAGAGCACUGAUCGAAGGUCAAUUUGUUGCGAAGAGAGCGCACGCUGAAGAUUUUGGAUUUACUAUCGGAUCUAAUACGCGAAUUAUCGCUACGGGAGGUGCAUCUAUUAAUAAAGCUAUACUGCAAGUGCUUUCCGACGUGUUUAAUUCACCAGUGUAUAUCUCGGAAGCAGCUAAUUCGGCAAUGAUGGGUGCGGCAUAUCAAGCGAAACAUGGUUUGUUACGAAAUAAUUGCAGCUUUGACGAAAUUACACGUUGCUUACCAGAACUGACAUUGGUAUGCCAACCUUAUAAUGAUGCCGAAUCCAUUUAUAAACCCAUGACUAUACGUUAUCGCAAAAUCAUAAAUCAGAUAUUGAAGAAAAGAAGCGAAUAGAAGAACAUGUAAAUCUUGUAUAAUAUAACAAUAUGUAUAUAUAACAAUAUGUUUCAAAAUAAGAGGCCUUUUAUGUACGAUGUCUUUUCAGGAAAAUACAAAGACUUGUGGUUUUCGAUAAAA